AUGAUUGAGGUAACAGAGGAUACUCAAAUCAUGGAUGUUACAUCAAUCAUGUCGGAAAUUCCUACUUUUGUUUUCAUACUAGUAAAGGUAUCCAAAUUAUUUAAUCUUAAAAUAGAUAGCAUGGGUGAGUGUUUGACUUAUCAUCAAGAAAAGACCAAUUUGAAUGGAAUGGAUGGAUAUAUCAAGGAAACUGUUUGUGACCUCAAGCGUUUGCACAGGGCAUAUGAUGAUGUUUCAGGGAUCAAUGAAGCAUCAUAUUCUGUUUUCAUAAGAGCGGUUCUUGUUGGAGUUCUACAGACAUAUAAUCCACAACAAUUAAUUAGCAUAACUGAAGCAAAAAAAGAAAGUAUUACUCAAGGAUUUGCACAGAAUCUAGUACAAUUACAUAGUUCAUAUAUGACCAAUCAAAGAAAAACUGACAAUGAAGAAACUUCUAAAUUACAAGUUCUAUUUGGUAUUGUCUCAACAGGCACUUUCACCACAUGA